GAUAUCGAGGGAGUGACACAUGGCUCCCUAACACAGCACCCUUCUCCGGGUCGGUACCGUCCGGUCGUCACCGUCAUGCCGGUGUUCUUCUCCCCCGGGCCGCAGACGCUGCGCGCCGGGCUGUCCUACGUCGGGAGCGCCGUGUUCGCAAACAACCGCACGAUGGACAGCGACGUGGCUCAGGAGCAGGACGACAGAUCAGCGGUCCACGAGUUGGUGUCCCACCUGCCGCUCCAGAUGCUGCUCUACUUCAACAUGUUCUACUUCCCCUGCUGGGUGGGCGUCCGCUGUGGCCAUGCUCCACCUCAAGCCCUUGAGUAA